CCCUGGGUGCGGAGCGCGGGGCGAGUGUUGCAGCCGCUAGGGAGGGAUUCUCUUAGUAGGGCCCGAAGCCCGGCAAAGUGGACCGGCUUUCUGCUCUUGUAACCAGGAUUAGCUUCUAGGGCGCCUCAAGCCGGGGCGGCCUGGCGCAGCGAGCUGCUUUGUGGCCUGUUGGAUUCCUAGCAGAUGUUUACUUGUCCAAGUCAGUAGUGAAAAUGCAUGUUAAGUCAAUCAUCCUUGAAGGAUUUAAGUCCUAUGCUCAGAGGACUGAAGUCAAUGGUUUUGACCCCCUCUUCAAUGCUAUCACUGGUUUAAAUGGUAGUGGGAAAUCCAACAUACUGGACUCCAUCUGCUUUUUGCUGGGCAUCUCCAACCUAUCUCAGGUUCGGGCUUCUAAUUUGCAAGAUUUAGUUUACAAAAAUGGGCAGGCUGGUAUUACCAAAGCUUCAGUGUCAAUCACAUUUGAUAAUUCUGACAAAAAGCAAAGCCCUUUAGGAUUUGAGGUUCAUGAUGAAAUUACAGUAACAAGGCAGGUGGUUAUUGGUGGUAGAAAUAAAUAUUUAAUCAAUGGAGUAAAUGCAAACAAUACCAGAGUACAAGAUCUCUUCUGUUCUGUUGGCCUUAAUGUUAACAACCCUCACUUUCUCAUCAUGCAGGGCCGAAUUACAAAAGUAUUGAAUAUGAAACCUCCAGAGAUUUUGUCCAUGAUAGAAGAAGCAGCUGGAACCAGGAUGUAUGAGUACAAAAAAAUAGCUGCCCAGAAAACUAUAGAAAAAAAAGAGGCUAAGCUGAAAGAAAUUAAGACGAUACUUGAAGAAGAGAUUACUCCAACCAUUCAAAAAUUAAAAGAGGAAAGAUCUUCCUACUUGGAAUACCAAAAAGUAAUGAGGGAAAUAGAACAUUUGAGUCGUUUAUAUAUUGCCUAUCAGUUUUUGCUGGCUGAAGAUACAAAAGAACGCUCAGCCGAGGAGUUAAAAGAAAUGCAAGAUAAAGUUGUAAAGCUUCAAGAAAAAUUGUCUGAGAAUGAUAAAAAAAUAAAAGCACUUAGUCAUGAAAUAGAAGAGUUGGAAAAAGGAAAAGAUAAGGAAAUUGGAGGUAUACUCCGAUCUUUAGAAGAUGCUCUUGCAGAAGCUCAGCGAGUUAAUACUAAAUCUCAAAGUGCCUUUGAUCUCAAGAAGAAAAAUCUGGCAAGUGAAGAGAACAAACGCAAAGAGCUAGAGAAAAAUAUGAUUGAGGAUUCUAGAACUUUAGCAGCAAAGGAAAAAGAGGUUAAAAAGAUAACAGAUGGGCUGAACGCCCUUCAGGAAGCAGGUAACAAAGAUGCUGAAGCUUUGGCUGCUGCACAGCAGCACUUCAAUGCUGUUUCUGCCGGACUGUCUAGCAGUGACGACGGAGCCGAAGCAACUCUUGCUGGUCAAAUGAUGGCCUGUAAAAAUGACAUAAGUAAAGCUCAGACAGAAGCCAAACAGGCUCAGAUGAAGUUGAAACAUGCCCAACAAGAAUUAAAGACUAAACAGGCUGAAGUUAAGAAGAUGGAUAGUGGCUACAGGAAGGAUCAAGAAGCUUUAGAGGCUGUGAAGAAACUUAAAGAAAAACUUGAAGCCGAAAUGAAAAAGCUAAAUUAUGAAGAAAACAAAGAGGAAGGACUUCUGGAAAAGCGCAGGCAGCUAUCUCGUGAUAUCAGUAGAUUGAAAGAAACAUAUGAAGCUCUCUUAGCCAGAUUUCCUAAUAUUCAAUUUGCCUACAGGGAUCCAGAGAAGAACUGGAAUAGAAAUUGUGUGAAAGGACUUGUAGCUUCUCUGAUUAGUGUGAAAGAUACUUCUGCAACCACAGCUUUAGAAUUGGUGGCUGGGGAACGGCUCUACAAUGUUAUAGUAGACACAGAGGUUACUGGAAAAAAGUUACUAGAAAAGGGGGAAUUGAAACGUCGAUACACUAUAAUUCCACUCAAUAAAAUUUCAGCCAGAUGUAUUGCUCCAGAAACUCUGAGGGUCGCUCAGAAUCUUGUUGGUCCUAACAAUGUUCACGUGGCUCUUUCCCUGGUUGAAUACAAACCAGAACUUCAGAAAGCAAUGGAAUUUGUCUUUGGAACAACGUUUGUUUGUAAUAAUAUGGAUAAUGCAAAAAAAGUGGCGUUUGAUAAAAGGAUAAUGACUAGAACUGUAACUCUAGGGGGUGAUGUAUUUGAUCCUCAUGGGACAUUGAGUGGAGGUGCUCGAUCCCAGGCAGCUUCUAUUUUAACCAAGUUUCAAGAACUCAAAGAUGUUCAAGAUGAGCUGAGAAUCAAGGAGAAUAAGCUACAGACUCUAGACGAGGAAUUAGCAGGUCUUAAAAACACAGCUGAAAAGUAUUGCCAACUAAAACAGCAAUGGGAGAUGAAAACUGAGGAGGCAGAUUUAUUGCAAACCAAGCUUCAGCAAAGCUCAUAUCAUAAGCAACAAGAAGAAUUAGAUGCCCUUAAAAAAAUCAUUGAGGAAAGUGAGGAGACCUUAAAAAACACCAAAGAAAUUCAAAAAAAAGCAGAAGAAAAGUAUGAAGUAUUGGAGAAUAAAAUGAAAAAUGCAGAGGCUGAAAGGGAGCGGGAACUGAAGGAUGCUCAGGAAAAACUGGAUUUUGCCAAAACGAAAGCAGAUGCUUCUAGUAAGAAAAUGAAAGAAAAACAACAGGAAGUUGAAGCUAUCACUCUGGAGCUGGAAGAGCUCAAGAGAGAGCACGCAUCCUAUAAGCAACAGCUUGAAGCUGUAAAUGAAGCUAUCAAAUCCUAUGAAGUACAGAUUGAAGUAAUGGCAGCUGAGGUCGCUAAAAAUAAGGAGUCUGUAAAUAAAGCCCAAGAAGAGGUGACCAAGCAAAAAGAAGUGAUAACAGCCCAAGACAAUGUAAUUAAAGCUAAAUAUGGCGAAGUAGCAACACAUAAGGAACAAAACAAUGAUUCUCAGCUUAAAAUUAAGGAACUGGACCACAACAUCAGCAAACAUAAACGGGAAGCUGAAGAUGCUGCUGCAAAGGUCUCCAAAAUGUUGAAAGACUAUGACUGGAUUAAUGCAGAGAAACACCUCUUUGGGCAACCUAAUAGUGCCUAUGAUUUCAAAACCAACAACCCAAAAGAAGCUGGUCAGAGACUUCAGAAGUUGCAAGAAAUGAAGGAGAAACUGGGGAGAAAUGUCAACAUGAGAGCUAUGAAUGUUCUGACAGAAGCUGAAGAGCGGUAUAACGACUUGAUGAAGAAGAAGAGAAUUGUAGAAAAUGACAAAUCCAAAAUCCUUGCAACUAUAGAAGACCUUGACCAAAAGAAAAACCAAGCCCUAAAUAUUGCUUGGCAAAAGGUGAACAAGGACUUUGGGUCUAUUUUUUCUACUCUUUUGCCUGGUGCUAAUGCUAUGCUUGCACCACCAGAGGGGCAAACUGUAUUGGAUGGUCUGGAGUUUAAGGUUGCUUUAGGAAAUACUUGGAAAGAAAACCUAACCGAACUUAGUGGUGGUCAGAGGUCGUUAGUAGCUUUGUCAUUAAUAUUAUCCAUGCUCCUCUUCAAACCUGCUCCAAUAUAUAUCCUGGAUGAGGUAGAUGCAGCCUUGGACCUUUCUCACACCCAGAAUAUUGGACAGAUGCUGCGUACUCAUUUCACACAUUCUCAGUUCAUUGUGGUGUCACUGAAGGAGGGUAUGUUCAACAAUGCAAAUGUCCUUUUCAAAACCAAGUUUGUGGAUGGUGUUUCUACAGUAGCCAGAUUUACUCAGUGUCAAAAUGGAAAGAUUCCAAAAGAAACCACAUCCAAGGCAAAAGGACCCAAAUGACCACAUCUGGAAGUUAAAAGUACAAAUUUACUCCUUCACCUUGACCUGUUUUUUAAACAAAGAACUUUGGCUUUACUUAUUUAUGUAAAGAUGUAAUGUUUUGUUACUUAACCCAUAUCUUCUCUUCCUUUAUGUAAUCUCUUAUAAAUGAGUAUAGAUUCCUCUCUUCUUAAUUAGUGUAACUGUGGUCCAAUUACUGUGAUUGUGAUUUUAUGCAUGUCCUCAAAUGCUUUUUUCUUACGCAGUUCUUUUAUAUAUACAUAUAGAUAUAGAUAUAGAUAUAGAUAUUGGGGAGCCUGAGAUAUAUGGUUGGUGGUAAAUUCUAAAAAAUCAAAGAAACAGAUGAAAUUAAAUUAUAGGAUAAAUAUAGCUGAUAGUCAGCUUUUAAUUCGUUUAAUUCCUAAGGUAAUAUUAGUGUGUUUUCUGUUGUUAAGAAAGUCAUUUAGGUAAGGAAGACUUAUAAAGCAAGUAUCUGGACCAACAAUGGGAACACAAAGGACACUGUUAGGCAUGCAGGAGCUGUUUGUGGUUAGUUCUGUGAAGAUACAAUGCCAGAGCCCUGAUGUAGACUCAGUGAUGUUUGGAUAUCAUGUUUCUAUAUGCUUAGUAAUUGGUCUGUGCAAUCUUAAGUUUUUCAAAAGUCUUCACCGGUUUUUAAUAGAAGUCUGGGAGAAGGUCUGUUGCAUGCUGCCCUCCACGUUUAUCUGAAGUCUCCUGUUUUCAGAGAUUUUUGUCAGGCUUUUCAUAGUCCAAUCAGUACAAUCUAUUGGUGAAUGAGAAUGUAUUUAUUUUUCCUUCAUUCUGAUACAUUUAUAAAAAGAUCCAUCUAUUUUACCAAAAGAACUCAAAAUUUGUUGAUUUUUAUAUUUCUUAGUGUCUUCUGCUUUCCAGUUCAAAAGGUUGAAUAUCCUUUAAGAACUCAAAAGAAGCACUACCACCCACCAUAAGAUUACUGUAUGUAGGUCCUAUUAUCUCUAGGUACAUCGCCAGAGCAGUGUCUCCAAACUUUGAAUCUUGAAAGCUCUCAUAUGAUCUAAUCCCAUCUUGAGUGUGUUAUUUUGGCCCCACAUCCCUUCUUGAUACUUGAGUCUUACUAGUUCCUUUAUGUUAUCCUUCCCCUAUAUAUGCUUAUAGUUCUUGACCUUGGCUUUAACAUUUCUCAUCCUUCCUUCUCAUGUCAGAUAACACAUCGGAAAGGAUUGAAUCUGGAAUUAGUUCUUGUCCAUUGUGGGAGGAGAGGGAGACAAAGCCGUAAAUGCUGAAGUACAGGAGGUCUAAUACCACAUAUGAGACAGACAGGAGUUUAUUUCCUCUCAAAUGCAUUGCAUAUUGUUUGCCAGUCAGUUCACACUUGCAGCAAGGUCACGUACCUGUUGACCACAACCCAGUCAGCACUGGCUAUUAGUUUUAUUACUUCUGAUUUAUUAGUUAUAAAAUGGUACUUCAUUGCUGUUUUAAGUAGCACUUUCUCAACAACUUGUGAGGUUGAAUAUUUUGCCAUAUGAACCAAUUUUCUUUACUGCAAAUUUUCUAUAUGUUUGCUUCCCUAAUUUUUGUCAUAUAUAAUCUUGCUCUUGGAUGAAAAUCCUCAAACAUUAAAUUUUUGUGAGUCAUGUUGACUAGAAGAAGACAUGAAGGGGAAAUGAGGACAUUUAUUUCACAGAUCUGCAAUAAUAGGAGUAACUGACAUUUACUGAGCUCUUAUAUAUCAGAUGCUAUUCUCAUUUGCACAUGUUUUCACAUUUUGAGGUAAGUACUGUUGAUCGGCAUUAUAUAAUUGAGGAAAUUGAAUUGAGCAGACAAGUUAAGAAACUUGUUCACGGUGACAGUACAGUUAGAGGCAGAGUCAAGAUACCAGUCUUGGCAGGGGUCUCCAGAAUCUAUGAUAUAUUACCCUUCUGAUAGUUGGAACAUUUGUGUUUAUUGUACAUAAUAAAUUUAAGACCCACCUCGAUGAACAGUAUGCAGAAUGUGAGAAAAUUAUUUUAGGAAGAAUGUCAAACAUUUGAAAAGGAUUUGUUUGGUUUGUUUGGGCAUUUCAUGUACACUAACAAAGGCAAAAGCAAAAACUUGAGAAUCCUUUUUCUAAUAUGGUAAAGUAAUCAAAUAGGCCAGCCACUUCCACAAUCAUGUCAUCUGCAAAUCGGGGCAGGUUUUCUUCCUUUUCUUUCCUUUUCUUAACUGCCCUGGCUUGAAGUUCCAGCCCAGUGUUGUAUAAGAGUAAUAAUGAGAGCUGGCAUAUUUGCCUUUUCCCCAGAAUUCUGAGGAAAGCAUUCAGUCUUUCACCACCUAAAUGUUAGCUCUAGGUUUUUGGUUUAUAUUCUUUAUCAAGGUAAAGAAGUUUCCUUCUAUUCUUAGUUUGAUCGGUUUUGUCAUGGAUGCGCUAUUGAAUUUUCAUUGCCCUUUCUGCAUUGAUUGAUAUGAUCAUGUAACUUCUUUAACCUCUUAAUAUUAUGAAUUACAUUACUUAAUUUUUGAAUAUUAAACUUGCCUGGUAUUUCUAAAUUAAACCCCAUUUGGCCAUGGUCUAUAAUUCUUUUUAUGUAUAGGCAUACUUUGUUUUAUUAUGAUUCACUGAUAACUGCAUGUUUGUUUUUUUUAUACAAAUUGAAGGUUUGUGGCACCUGUGCAGCAAGCAAGUCUGUCAGUUUGGUAAUUCCCAUUAUAAUUUCAAAUUUUUUAUGGUGAUCCAUGAUCAGUGAUUACAACUCAAAGCUUAGAUAGAUGAUGGUUAGCAUUUUUUAGCAAUAAGGUAUUUUUUAAUUAAGGUAUAUACAUAUGCUGUCACACACUUAAUAGACUAUUAUAAUUUUGAUAUGCACUGGGAAACCCAAAAUUUUGCCUUGUGAUACUUGCUUUGUUGUGGUUGUAUGGAACAGAACCUGAAAUAGCUCCAGGGUAUGCCUUUAUUACAGGAUUCUGUUUGCUCAUAGUUUGGUCGUGAUUUUUGUGUAUGUUCAUGAAGAUAUUUCUUUGACCAGUAUGUUUUCUUUUUCUUUUCUUUUUGUUUUUCCCUACUGGCUUUCUUUGGUUUUGGGGUAAUGCUACCUUUAUAAAAUGAAUUGGGAAAUGUUCUUCCAUUUUCUGUAGAAUUAUAUAGAAUUUUUCUUAAUCCUUUAAAUAUUAGCAUCCUCCUCUGAAACUGGGCCUAGAGAUUGGGGGGUGGGAUGGGGAGAAUAUAAAGUACAAUUUCUUUAAUAGUUAUGGGGCUACUUAAAUUUAUUUUAUAAUGGGUGACUUGUGAUAGUUUGUGUUUUUUGUGGAAUUUUUUUCCUUCUAAAUUGUCAAAUUUAUAAUUUGUGUAGAGGUCAGGGUAUUUCCUCAUUAUCGUUUUGAUGUCUUCAAGCUCUGAAGUGGUAUCACUUGUUUCAUUCCUGGUAUGGGUAAUUUAUGUUUUUUUCUCUUUGUCAAUCUUGCUGAAGUUUGUCGAUUUUAUUGUCUUUUCAAAGAACCAGUUUAUUGUUUCAUUGACUUUCUUUAUUGUCUUUCAGUUUUCAAUUCUUUGAUUUCUGCUCUUUCCUUUUUUUCUGCUUGCUUUGGGCUUACUUUGCUCUUCUCUAGCUUUAUGGUAGAAGUUUAGAUUAUUGACUUGAGACCUUUCUUUCUAACAAGCUAUACCAUUUAGCUUCAUCUCACAGAAUUUGAUAUGUUGCAUUGUCAUCUUUAAGUUCAAAAUAUAUUCUAAUUUGCUUUGACAUUUCUUCUGUUGGAUUCUUUUGGAAUGUAUUUAAUUUCCAGGUAGUAUUUUCUUACAGAUUUCUAGUUUUUUCUGUUAUGGUCAGGAAUCCUUUUUCUUUUCUUUUUUUUUUUUUUUUGGUUAAAAAAAAUGAUAGAUUUAGAAAACCAAAAGAGGUGCAAAUUCAAUGGUCUAAUACUCUAUUUUCUAAAUAAAUAAGAACAAAGUAAAUAGAAAGGUGGAAAUAAUAAAAGGUAGAAGUCAGCAUAUAUAGGACUGAAGAACAGUGGAGAAAAAAAUUAGUGAAACUGCUAACUGGUUCUCGAACAACAAAAUCGUCUAAUAUCAAGAUGGAAAGAAGAGUUACUACUAUGGCUCUUACCUAAAUUUAAAGGGUACCUAAAAUAAAAUUAUUAUGAUUUUUAUGCCAAUAAAUGAGGCAGUUUAGACAAAUUGGAAAACUAAAACUCUGGAAAACUAAAACUCAACCAAAACUGACAAGAAUAGACAAAACCAGAAUAGUCUCACAUCUUUUAAUGCAAUUCAAAUGAUUAAAUAUCCUCCCAAAAGGAACACUUUAGUCCCAUGGGGUUUCACUUGUAAAUUUUACCAUUCAAGGAAGAAGUAACACCAGUCUUAACAGUCUUUCAGAGAACAGAGGGGGAGAGGAACACUUCCAACUUGUUUUAUGAGGCCAGGGUUUUAAUACUAAAACUUGACAAAGACAUUACAAAACAAUAUUACAGGACGGUAGUCCUCAUGAACAUAGCAGAAAUCCAGAAAAUAUUAGCAGACUGAAUCUAACGACAUCUAUAAAAGAUAAAAAAAAAAAAACAUGAAAACGGUUUAUUAAGAUUUAUUUAUUUAUUGGACAGAGAGAGACACAGAGAGGGAACAGAAGCAGUGGGAGAAGGAGAGGGAGAAGCAGGC